AGAAGCUCCUUAUAAAAAAGAAAAAGAAAAAAAGAAGGCUGAAGCAGGGGUUGGGGGGGUGGCAUAAUUCGCUAUAAAUAGGGGUCCCCCUCUUUGUGCUCCCCUGUCAGCGUUCCAUUCAUCCCCCAAUACGUUUUUGCUCAAAAGCCCAUACACAGAGGGAGAUAGAGAAUCCUCCAUCAAUGGCCACUAAAGUUUACAUUGUUUACUAUUCUAUGUAUGGACAUGUUGAAAAGCUGGCAGAAGAGAUAAAAAAAGGAGCUGCCUCAGUUGAAGGAGUAGAGGCAAAGCUAUGGCAGGUACCUGAAACACUGCCAUAUGAGGUUCUUGGAAAGAUGGGUGCACCCCCAAAGAGUGAUGUACCUAUAAUCACACCUAAUGAGCUUGCGGAGGCUGAUGGGUUGCUUUUCGGCUUCCCAACCAGAUUUGGAAUGAUGGCUGGACAAUUUAAAGCAUUUCUGGAUGCUACUGGGGGUUUAUGGAGAUCACAGCAACUUGCUGGCAAGCCUGCUGGAAUAUUCUACAGCACUGGCUCUCAAGGAGGUGGACAAGAGACUACACCCUUAACAGCUAUUACCCAGCUUGUUCACCAUGGAAUGGUCUUCGUACCUAUUGGAUACACGUUUGGAGCAGGCAUGUUUGAAAUGGAGAAGGUGAAGGGUGGCAGCCCCUAUGGUGCUGGAACUUUUGCCGGGGAUGGCACUAGACAACCAUCUGAGCUAGAGCUGGAGCAAGCUUUCCACCAGGGAAAGUACUUUGCAGGCAUAGCUAAGAAACUUAAGGGAACUGCCUAGUUACACAUUCACUUUAUGUGCCUACUUUGCAUUCUAUACUUGCACACAUUUUUCUAUUCCUAAAUUUGAGUUUCUGUCUUCGUGUUCUCGUAAAGAAUAAUAUAUAUGCACUUUGUUGAAUAUAUAUUUGUCCCAAAUUGUAUCCAGGCAAGGCAUUUGAAUGUUAUUAGAUGUAAGUUUGUUUAGACC